AUGAACCCGCCCAAGAACCCUCCGAAGAAGCCUGAGGGCAUUACAACAGAGUUCACGGAUAUUUUUGGGGCGUUGACGCCGCGACAAGCUGGAAUCAUCACCAUCGGGUCGGCGAUCGGUACAGGAUUGAUGGUCGGUAGUGGGAGAGCUUUGGCUAUGAGCGGCCCCGCAGCCAUCAUGAUUUCCUAUACUCUCGUCGGAUUCGCGGUGUUCCUUGUUCUUUGUGCACUGGGAGAGGUUGCUGCAUGGCUGCCAAAGCCAUGCACCGUGGCCGAUCAGGCUUUUCGCUUCUGUGAUCCCGCGCUGGGUUUUAGUCUGGGUUGGAUAUACUGGCUCAAAUAUGCUAUCGUCACACCAAAUCAAUUAACAGCCGCUGCCCUCGUGAUCACCUUGUGGUUGGAUGCGGAGACGGUCAAUCCAGGAGUCUGGAUUACGGUAUUCCUCUUGAUCAUCGUGGCUCUCAACUAUAUUCACCACAACCUCCCCAGUCACGUCGAGUUCUUUGUGUCGUCUUUCAAACUCAUUGUGAUGAGCGCCCUCAUGGUCUUGUCGCUUGUUCUUGCACUCGGCGGGGGUCCCGAUCACCGGGUACGAGGAUUCCGAUACUGGAAACAUCCCGGUGCCUUUGUCCAUUGGACGCACAAUACGCUGGAGAAUUUUUUCCACACGUGCGCAGCGUUUUCCUCCGCGACCUUCGCGUACAUUGGCAGCGAAAGAUCUGGCUUCUUGGCUCGGUCGCCGAAUGUCCCAAAGGCCAUGAAUCGUGCCAUCAAGCAUACCUUUUACCGAAUCCUGGUCUUCCAUAUUCUCGGUAUCACCCUCAUCGGGAUGAUGGUUCCGCACAACUCGUCCAAACUGGCCUUUUAUCAAGGCUCGGGGAAGCAUCCUGCCGCCUCUCCGUUUGUGGCAGCACUCGUCUCGGCGGGUCUCACUGUGGUGCCCGACAUGUUGAAUGCAUAUAUAUUGGUAUUCAUUGUUUCGAUUGCAAACUACGACCUGUAUCUGGCCACCAAAGCAUUGUCCGAUCUUUCCAUCAAGCGGCGAGCCCCUGCCUUUCUGUCCCGGGUGAACAGCAAAGGGGUUCCUCUCUACGCGCUGGCCAUAUCCGCAUGCGUGUCUAGCCUGGCCUACCUUAAUGUCUCGCAAGACUCUGGCAUGGUUUUUGGGUAUCUGUUGGACAUCGUCACCAUGCUUGGUCUCCUCACCUGGAUAUCUAUUCUCAUCACCCACAUCUGUUUUGUGCGAGCGCGCAAUGCCCAAGGUAUAUCCGACGAUAUGCUCGUUUUCAAGGCCCGCUUUGGUCUUCCCGGAACCUGGCUCGGGCUGGCGCUGUGUCUCUUUAUUUCAUCGACCAUGAUUUUCAAUUCACUCCCUAUCAACAACAACCAACUGAUGGGGUUCGACUUCAAGAAGUUCGCCGCCUCGUAUGUCGGGGUUCCCAUCUACAUCAUCCUGUAUGUUGGGUACAAGAUCAUCCUGAAGAGCAAGCGCAUCAGGCCGGAGGAUGCCGAUUUUUGGUCUGAUCAGCAAGGUGGAAGACGACCAGCGGUUGAGUUGUAA